AUGGAGGAGGACCAUGAGACAGUGACCUCGCUGGGUGAUAGAACAGUGAGUGAGAAGAAGGAGCAGAAUCAGCAGGAGGAAGGUCCUGAGCAAGAGAUGUUUUUGAGAAAAGCUGAAGAGAAUUUUUCCGAGGGCUUGGAACAGGGAGAAGCCUGGGGAGAUGGACACGGAUCAGAGAUGCAGCUAGGAAACUAUCCCAGGCAGAAACUGGAUAAAUCCACUGAAUGUGGCAGAGGAUGGAAGGAUCCCAAGGAAAGCACAAUUCAGCAGACAAGUCACAACGAAGAGAAACCCUACAAAUGCGUCGACUGUGGGAAAAGCUUCAUCGACAGAAUAAAAUUUACUAGAGAGAGAUCCUUUAAAUGCCUUGAGUGUGGGAAAGGUUUUCGUCAGCGUGCAACACUUAUUGCACAUCAGACAACUCACACUGGAGAGAGACCUUAUGAAUGCCAUGAAUGUGGGAAAAGUUUUAGUCAGCGUGUAACACUUAUUACACAUCAGCGAACCCACACAGGAGAGAGACCCUAUAAAUGCCAGAAGUGUGGGAAAAGUUUCAGUGUGAAAUCAACCCUUAAUGCACAUCAGAAAACCCACACAGGAGAGAGACCCCAUAAAUGCUUUGAGUGUGGGAAAAGCUUCAUUCAGAAGUCAAAGCUUAGUGAACACCAGAGAGUACACACAGGAGAGAGAUCAUAUAAAUGCCUUGACUGUGGGAAAAGCUUCAUCGACAGAAUAAAAUUUACUAGUCAUCAGAGAAUGCAUACAGGAGAGGGACCCUAUAAAUGCUUUGACUGUGGGAAAAGCUUCAUACACAAGUCAAGGCUUACUGUACACCAGAGAGUACACACAGGAGAGAGACCCUAUAUAUGCUGUGAGUGUGGGAAAGGUUUUAUUCGGAGCUCAGAGCUUAUUACACAUCAGAUCACCCAUACAGGAGAGAGACCCUUUAAAUGCCUUGAGUGUGGGAAAGGUUUUCGUCAGCGUGCAACACUUCUUGCACAUGAGACAACUCACACUGGAGAGAGACCCUAUGAAUGCCGUGAAUGUGGGAAAGGUUUUAGUCAGCGUGUAACACUUACUGCACAUCAGCGAACCCACACAGGAGAGAGACCCUAUAAAUGCCAGAAGUGUGGGAAAAGUUUCAGUGUGAAAUCAACCCUUAAUGCACAUCAGAAAACCCACACAGGAGAGAGACCCCAUAAAUGCUUUGAGUGUGGGAAAAGCUUCAUUCAGAAGUCAAAACUUAGUGAACACCAGAGAGUACACACCGGAGAGAGACCAUAUAAAUGCCUUGACUGUGGGAAAACUUUCCUUAAGCGCUCAGACCUUAUUAAGCAUGAGAGAAUCCACACACCAAGCGACAAAUCCUAUAAGUGCCUCGACUGUGGGAAAACCGUGUCAUAA